AGCGACAGCCCCUGUCCAGCUAAUGAAGCCGAGACAGAAGGAGAGUCGCACUCUUUGGCAGCUACCUCUCCUACAGGAAACGCGCAGCGAUAGAAAUGCUAGAUAUUUCGCCGCAUCUGGAUAUAUUGAGAACUUGCAACUGAGCAACAGUUUUCAGCUUUGCUCACCAAGGUCAGAAACGGGAUUUCGCUUUCCCUGCCGCUCUUCUCGUCUUGCUUCAGGGUUGAUGGAUUGCUGCCUCGUCUGCCCCAAAAUUAAAUGCAAGGAAGCAUGUGAAUUGGUCCCAGGAGAGUUGGAGGACUCUACAUCACAGUCUAGUGCAGCCAAGAAAAUAAAAAUAGAGAUGAAGGAGAGAAAAGAAAAAAAACAUAAAGUUGAUGAAGAUGAGAUUCAAAAAAUGCAAAUCCUGGUUUCCUCUUUUUCUGAAGAACAGCUAAAUCGAUACGAGAUGUAUCGACGAUCAGCCUUCCCUAAGGCUGCUAUUAAACGGCUGAUCCAGUCAAUUACUGGAACCUCUGUAUCUCAGAACGUUGUUAUUGCCAUGUCAGGAAUUUCUAAAGUCUUUGUUGGAGAAGUAGUUGAAGAGGCAUUAGAUGUAUGUGAGAAGUGGGGAGAAUCACCACCUCUGCAACCCAAGCACUUGCGCGAAGCAGUCAGACGACUGAAAUCACGAGGACAGAUUCCAAAUUCCAAAUACAAAAAAAUCCUCUAUCUCUGAAGAGGAAGUAAAAAAAAUGUCUAAGUGGAAUGGAGAUGUUUUCAAUGGAAAUUAAAAAAGACUUCUGACCAUAUCUUCAGAUUACUUGAAACCAUGAAGUUCUGCAUAAUUAAGGUGUUCCUUGUGCAAUAAUUUUGAAUUGCUAAUGAUAAAAAACUAUAUUGCAAGUAUAUUGGGCUGAAUGUGGAAACAUUUUCUAAGUAGGCAAAAUAAGAAAUACUGAUGUAAUAAGAUUACAUGAAGCUUCUGAAACACGGUUUUGAGGUUUCUUUUACAAGGAAAUAAAGGAGUUUUUUAAAAGCA